AUGGCUCCCGAAAAGGACAGCAAUGGUCUGGACAACUAUGCAUUUGCAGUGAGUAUAACUUUUAUUGAAUUUGAUUUAAAGAAUAAAUAUGACCUGGAUUCCUCCCAGGAUGGAGACAAGCUAGCGUACUGUGUGACAGAUGUUCCUCCGUGGUACUUGUGCAUCGUUCUAGGUAUCCAGCAUUGCUUGACUGCAUUCGGAGGGAUCAUCGCCAUCCCGUUGAUCCUGUCUCAGGGCUUGUGCCUGCAGCAUGACGGCCUCACUCAGAGUCACCUCAUCAGCACCAUCUUCUUCGUGUCUGGAAUUUGCACUCUGCUGCAGGUCACCUUCGGCAUCAGGCUGCCCAUCCUUCAAGGUGGCACGUUCACCUUGCUGGCCCCCUCCAUGGCAAUGCUGUCCAUGCCGGAGUGGCAAUGUCCCGCUUGGACCCAAAAUGCAAGCCUGGUCAACACCACCUCCCCGGAGUUUACCGAAGUGUGGCAGAGUCGGAUGAGAGCACUCCAGGGCUCCAUCAUGGUGGGCUCGCUGUUCCAGGUGUUUGUGGGUUUCUCCGGCCUCAUCGGUCUCUUCAUGCGCUUCAUCGGGCCUCUCACCAUCGCUCCGACCAUCUCCCUCAUCGGACUGUCUCUGUUUGACUCAGCCGGCACGAGCGCUGGCAACCACUGGGGCAUCUCUUCCAUGACCACAGGACUGAUCAUCCUCUUCUCACAGUACCUCCGUCACAUCCCUGUUCCCUUUCCUACAUACAGCAAGGACAAGAAGCUGCACACAUCCCGUGUCUACGUCUUUCAGAUUCUCCCUGUUUUGCUUGGAAUCACUUUAUCUUGGCUCAUCUGUUAUAUUUUGACGAAUUACAAUGUUCUCCCUGCGGAUCCGAGCAUGUACGGUUAUCUGGCUCGCACGGAUCUGAAGGGAGAUAUUUUGAGCCGAGCUCCCUGGUUCAGUUUUCCAUACCCAGGUCAGUGGGGGGUGCCGACUGUGAGCAUGGCAGGAGUGGUUGGCAUCCUCGCUGGUGUGAUUUCCUCCAUGAUAGAGUCUGUCGGGGACUACCAUGCUUGUGCCAGGCUGUCUGGGGCUCCGCCUCCUCCUAAACACGCCAUCAACAGGGGUAUCGGUAUCGAGGGAAUAGGCUGCCUGCUGGCCGGGGCCUGGGGAACAGGAAACGGUACCACCUCAUACAGCGAGAAUGUGGGAGCUCUUGGUAUUACAAAGGUUGGCAGUCGCAUGGUGAUAGUGGCGAGUGGCGUGUUGAUGGUCGUCAUGGGAGUGUUUGGUAAAGUGAGCGCCGUCUUCACCACUAUUCCCUCCCCAGUGAUCGGAGGAAUGUUCAUGGUUAUGUUUGGGGUCAUCUCUGCGGCAGGAGUGUCUAAUCUACAGUAUGCAAAUAUGAAUUCAUCUCGAAACCUCUUCAUCUUUGGCUUCUCCAUGUUCUCUGGCCUGGUCAUUCCCAACUGGAUACUGAAGAACCCCAGAGCCAUCGCUACAGGUGUGGUGGAGCUGGACCAGGUGCUGCAGGUGCUUCUGACAACCAGCAUGUUUGUGGGAGGCUUCUUUGGCUUCAUUCUGGACAACACAAUACCAGGAUCUAACCAUGAACGAGGCAUCCACGCCUGGAACAAGGCUCACGAGGACGACUCCAGCAACACGCUGGAGAGCGGAGAGGUCUACAACCUUCCCUUCGGCAUCAGCUCCUACUUGUCAUCCUCGCCAUGGCUCCGGUACGUUCCCUUCUGCCCCCCCAGUGAGAAAUCUGGAGCAGAUACCAGUUCUCUGGAGCCCAAGCAGCCGCUGGAAGGACACCCGGAGCCUGCACAGAUCAUUGUUGGAGUCAGCCUUUGA